AUGGUGGUGAAAAUCAUUGUGGGUGCGGUUCUGUUUUUCGCUGUGGCAUUGGCUCAGGAUUCAAUUGAAAUUUCCAAUCGACUCAGUAACACAACUGAGCCAGUUUCCUACGAAUUAUGGCUUGAGACUAAAAUACAUGAACGGAUAUUUGAUUACACAGGCCGAGUGAAAAUUGCCUUAAAAGCUCUAGAAGCGACAAAUAGUAUAAUGUUGAGCUCCGAAGGACUCUUAUUUUACAAUCAAACUCUUCGCGAUCUAAUGGACAACAAUAUGAAGAUUAAUAUUGCUGAAGUGAAUGAAAAUCUUGGAUUUAUCAUCUUUUCUAUGGAGGAAAAUCUUCGAAUUGACGAGAUUUACAUUUUGGACAUACACUUUGCUGGAUCUCUACAUAGGAUUCCCGAUGGAUUCUGCUACAGUAGCUAUAUGGAUGAGCAUGGGGAAACUCUCUAUCUUGCUACAUCCCAUAUGCAUGUGACAAAUGCCCGAAAAGUGUUUCCUUGCUACAACGAGCCACGCUACCGAACACCCUUCACCAUUCACAUCAGCCAUCACCCAACUUUACACGCAGUUUCCAAUAUGCCUGUCGCUCAAGUGGUAAACAAUUCUGAGGACUCUGCAACGACCACCUUUGAACGAACAUUCCCAAUGCCUGUGAACUUACUAGCUUUCACCAUCUCAAAGCAUGCAGUUCAGACACGAUUCUUUGAGUCCAUGAAUCUCAGUGUAAACAUUUUUGUUCCGAAACAGCAUCUAGAUGAAGUUAAUUUUGCCCUGGACUAUAUGAAAUUCUGCAUGGAAAAAUUAAGGGAUUUCGUCAAUAUGGACAUUCAACUCCCAAAACUGGAUUCAAUUACAAUUAAUGAUCUAUUAUUGACUGGCUUAGAGAACUGGGGACUAAUAUUUUUCAAUCCAAAGAACUUUCUCUACAAAGAAAAUGUCACAAGUCCCGGCCAAAGGAUGGACAUUGUCAGGACCAUUACCCAUCAAUUAGCUCACAACUAUUUUGGCAGCAUUGUAGGCAUUACUUGGUGGAACUUUUUUUGGAUGACCGAAGGAUUUGCCACUUAUUUUGAAUACUACUUCGGCAAUGAAUAUCUACCAGAUUAUCCUCUAAAUGACAUGUUCUGCGCAGACUUCACGCAAAGGAAUCUUGCUGAUCAUUCUCUUCUUAUGUCCCCUGCAUUGAAUAAGUAUAUCGACGAUCCAAAUGAUGUUACUGUGGCUUAUGGUGUUUUUGACUUUGCAAUGGUCAGCAAAGCUGCUUCAAUGAUGAGGAUGAUUCAUCAUCUUCUGGGAACAGAAACUUUCAGAAAAGGCCUACGAAAAUAUGUUAAAGAAAUGCAAUAUGAAGCAGCAGAUGCGAAGGAUCUCUGUCGGAGUUUACAAGAAGCAGCUGAUGAGGAUCAUGCUUUACCCGAAGAUAUUUCAGUGGAAGAUGUAAUCAGUUCUUGGACAGACCAGCCAGGAUAUCCACUCUUGACAGUCAUGAGAAAUUACGAAUCCAACGAGAUUGUUGUGAAUCAACAGAGAUUCCUCUCAGCCCGGGAUGAAUUUGACUUGGAUGGACUUUCCUGGUAUAUUCCACUCACAAUGGCCACUGCUACCAAUCCUGACAUGGAUAACACCAAGCCUUGGGCUUGGCUUAAAAAAGGCAUUCGAGAGCUCGUACUCACAAUGACGGAUAAUAAAACAUGGGCUGCAGAAGAUUGGAUUAUCUUCAAUGUUCAGGAAACGGGUUACUAUAGAGUCAACUAUGACACUCAGAACUGGAGACUUCUGGCCAGUGAACUUCAUCAAGGACCUCCUUUUUCAAUUGGAACGUUAAAUAGAGCGCAAAUUAUUGAUGAUUCUUGCAAUUUGGCUUACUCUGAUGUCAUACCAUUCACUUUGGCUCUGGACAUCAUCAAAUACGUUCGAUUUGAGCCAGAUUAUGCUGUUUGGUUAAGUGCAAGUCGUCAUCUAUUGAGUCUCAAUAGUCGUCUUGAGGGACCAUCGUAUGCACUAUUUUUCGGGCGGUUUCUACAGCACCUCACUGAAGAUCAUUUUGAAAAACUCGACGUAUUCGAGAAUGCCAAUGGAAAGGAUACAGUCAGGAAUACUUUCCUUCGGCCAAUUAUUGUGGAUCUGGCUUGUAGGUCUGGAUCUGGCAAAUGCUUGACGGCUACAAGGAUUAUGGUGACUGCUGAAGCACUCACAGGUCAUAUUCUUGCUCCGCACGAGAAGCCGUCAGUGUAUUACUGUCACGGCCUCAAAAGUGCCGAUGAGAAGACAUUUCGAUAUUUCUGGAAUAAAUUGAAGACCAUUACGAACGAACAGGAGAGAUCGCAUAUCUCAAGUUCCAUAGGAUGCUAUAAAGACUUCCAAGCACUUUACACUUUGUUUCUAGAAUUGGUUUCACCCGAGUUCUAUCACUUAUACACAGCUCUCGAGAGAUUUCAGAUAAUCAUCAACGCCGCGCGCUACGGAAAUGGACCGGUUGUUCUUGAGUUCUUAAAGUACAACCAUGAAGACAUCUCCAAAAUAUUCACAUUCAACAACCGAAUGGAGCAAACACUGAGAGAAAUAGGAGAUAAUAUCCUUGAUGACGACAUUCCCCUAUUUCAGGAGGUCAUUGAUAUCCUCUUCAACGCCAGCCACAUCACAUCCGACCAAGUCAUACGGCUUAAAAUUAAUCUGGACUAUCAUCGGACGUGGAUAAAUGAAAAUAAAAACACCAUCGAGGAGUGGAUAAGGGAAUAUUUUGAACCCAUUUCGGGCACUGCAGUUGGAAAAAUUGCCCCCAUCGCAGCAAUUAUCAUUGGUAUCACACUUCACGUUAUUGCAAAUAUUUUAGUAAGAUAA